UCGACUUCGCACUAACCCUGCAAGGUUACAGAUCAGCGCCGUGCUUAUUACUGUACGACCACCCCCUCUAUUUCACCCCAGUCUCUGCCGGGCUCGCACACUCUCUACUCUGAUCUUUUCCUUCAGACAGACCGGGCAGGAUUAAGCAGUCCGUCAACGGAGACGGGGACUGACAUAUGCCAGAGCAAAUCGCAGGAAACCAGUCCCAGCCCUCUCGCCCUCUCUUUCUGCCGCUGGUCGCGUCUGCCUGUCUUUGUGUGCGCCUGUGUGUAGGCUACAUGUAUCUGAGCAUGUGGUUCGUGUGUGCGCACGCUGGUAGUAGCUGAAAAGGAUCCUCCUCUACCCUGUCCUGUUUUACUGUAGCUCAGACUGCCGAGCCGAGCGGACUGGGGCGCGAACUCGAGCCUUCUCGCAAUCCGAGGGAUUCCUUUUUUUUCCAUCGUCUUCAACGGAUCCUGUUACAUUUACAUUACUGGGGAUUUAAGACGCGAGGAGUUUAUCAUUCCUUGGCUCGAGCUCUGUGGACUAUGUUCCUCGUCCAAUACACAGGGUUGAACCCGCUUUCCUUCGACCCGGCCUCUAACAAUGAGCCCCUGCAGUUUAGCAGCUCCAACGGGCCUCUGGUGACAGACUGUCCCCUGGAGAAUGGAGCUGAGAACAGCAAGAAGAGGAAGAGGCCCAGCCUACCCCAAGAGGGGAUCCGGAACAUGGCCAUGGAGUCCAGCCCGAUGGGGAUGCCCAUGUCUGACCCCAACGCCUGGGCAACCGCCAUGAACAACCUGGGGAUGGCGCCGAUGGGCAUGACCGGCCAGCCCCUUAUGUCAGAUUUCGACCCAGGCCUUGGCAUGAUGACCGGCAUUGCUCCUAUGAACCCCAUGAUGCCCGGCCUUGGCAUCGUGCCUCCACCCAUCUCGCAGGACAUGCCCGUCGUCAAGGAGAUCAUCCACUGCAAGAGCUGCACCCUCUUCCCUCCCAACCCCAACCUGCCGCCCCCUGCUACCAGGGAGAGGCCCCCCGGCUGCAAGACGGUGUUCGUGGGCGGCCUGCCAGAGAACGCCACCGAGCAGCUGAUUGUGGAGGUGUUUGAGCAGUGCGGCGAGAUCAUCGCCAUCCGCAAGAGCAAGAAGAACUUCUGCCACAUCCGCUUCGCUGAAGAGUUCACCGUGGACAAGGCCCUGUUCCUGUCCGGGUACCGGAUCCGGCUGGGCUCCAGCACAGACAAGAAGGACACGGGCCGGCUGCACGUGGACUUCGCCCAGGCGCGGGAUGACCUGUACGAGUGGGAGUGCCGGCAGCGCAUGCUGGCCCGUGAGGAGCGCCACCGGCGCCGCAUCGAGGAGGACCGCCUCAGACCCCCGUCGCCGCCCCCCAUCGUCCACUUCUCCGAGCACGAGUGCAGCCAGCUGGCCGAGAAGAUCAAAGACGAUUCCAAGUUCGCCGAGGCGGUUCGCGUCCUGCUCACCUGGGUAGAGCGAGGCGAAGUGAAUCGCCGCAACGCCAACAGCUUCUACUCGAUGAUCCAGUCCUCCAACAGCCACAUCCGACGGCUAAUGAACGAGAAGGCCGCCCACGAGAAGGAGAUGGAGGAGGCUAAGGAGAAGUUCAAAAAUGCCCUGGCAGGGAUCCUCGUGCAAUUUGAACAGAUUGUGAGUGUAUUCCACGCAGCCUCCAAACAAAAGGCAUGGGACCAUUUCUCCAAAGCCCAGCGCAAGAACCUGGACAUGUGGCGUAAGCAAGCGGAGGAGAUCCGCAACAUCCACAACGAGGAGCUGAUGGGAAUCCGGCGCGAGGAGGAGAUGGAGAUGUCAGAUGACGACAUGGAGGAUGCCCCAGAUAGCAAGGACUCGGAUGACUCAGGCCCGGCUGCCCAGGCAGAGUCUCUGAAGGAGGAGAACGACAGCCUGCGAUGCCAGCUGGACGCCUACAGGAACGAGGUGGAGCUGCUGAAGCAGGAGCAGGGCAAGGCCCAGCCGCAGCGCAGCGAGGAGGACGCCACGCGCCAGCAGCAGCUCAACUUCCUGCAGCAGGCUUUGCAGGGCAUGCAGAAGCAACUGCUGAAGAUGCGGGAGGAGCUGAAGCAGAGGGAGGCGGAGCUGGAGAAGAGCGGCGAGGAGAAGCAGCAGCUGGAGAGCCAAGUGCAGAGUCUGAAGGAGCGGGCGCUGGCCUUCCCCCUUGCGCACACAUCUGCGCUGGAGACGUCGGAGCAGGAUGACAGAGGGAGCGAGGAGAGUGCUAAUCAAGCCAACGAAGCAGCCGCCUUGGCAGUGGUCUCCUGCAGUCAGGAAAAGGAGAACAUUCCAGAGAAGGGUCCCUCCAGCCCUGUCAAGUCGGAGAGAGAGGCUCUGCUCGUCGGAAUCAUCUCCACCUUCCUCCAUGUCCACCCGUUUGGAGCCAGCAUCGAGUACAUCUGCUCCUAUUUACAGCGCCUGGACACCAAGAUCAGCACCUCAGAGGUGGAGGCCCUUCUGGGCCGGCUGCCCUGCACCUUCAGGCAGGAGCUGACGGGAGUGGGAGCCAGCCUGGAGAAAAGGUGGAAGUUUUGCGGCUUCGAAGGCAUCAAGACCGCGUAGGGGACUGGAAACAGGAACCGUGGAGCAGGGACCUUGGUGGGGGGUGAGGAGGGGGCGGGGGAAUCAGGGCAAAGGGAGCACAGGAAAUGGUACAGGCAGUGGGGAGAGAUCUCAAAACUCCUGCCCACAUCCCGAGCAAGUCUGCUGGGUCCCAUGGGGACUGUGGUCUGUGAGUCUGACAUGCAGAAAGGAACCGGACCCAGCAGAAAGAGCCUGGCUGUGCCCUCCUAGGGGGACAUCUGUCCAGAGUGGAUAGCACAAGUUGCAGCUGUUCUGUUCAGCUCAAGGAGGACUAUUUUGGCCAGGACAGGAACACAGGAAGCAAAUCAGGGUCUGCUCUGGACUUCUUUCUUUUCGCCCUCUUUCUUUCUCUUAGCCUCAUCUCCCUCCUUAUGUAUAUAACAAUAUAAAUAACAUAUGAAUAUAUUUCUUCAAUUUCUGUACAGGAUGUUAAGUGUCCCUCAGAGGGUUACGUUUAUAUAUACAGCACAUGUACAAAAGAAGACUUUGUAAACAAAGAAAAAAAAAAGAAGAAUGAAGAUUUUGACUUCAUUUGAAGGCUCUCACACAAGGUCUUGAGGAGGGCGACCACAGAAAUAAUAAUGGGAGACUUUGCUUUGGCAAAGAUUUUGGGUUUGUUGGUGAGGUAUUCAAUAGUUUCGUGUGCCCGAAUGAGCUGCCAGAGGGAGGCCCCUGUGAAAACUCCAGGGGGCGCUAGACUUUGUCCUCCAGGGCAGCAUUCAGUGCCUGGAGUCCACACUGCAGUCCGAUGAGUCCCCUCUUGCCUUGCUGUCCAGAGACACUGCAGAGACGCUCCCUGAACUCCGUUCCUUUCUCACCCAGUGACUGCCACUGUACCCAGUUUCACUGCAGAGGGACAGCAGAAAAGGUCACAGUAUGGAGCUCCUCGACCCCCCAUCUCCUGUGUCUCUCCAAGAGGCAAGAUGUUUAGUUUAUGCAUUUGUUCAUCUCCAGAGGCCUUUUCUGUCCUUUCUUUUCUGUUAUUUAAAAAAAAAAAUUCCUUGAGUCAUUUUCUAGCUCUGAAAGGCCAUCUGUGUUUAUUUCUCCCAGCGCUGUGAGGGGCUCAGAUUUGGUCAAAAGCCCAUGAGAUCCUCACUGGUGGAGUCCCUGGGAGAUGCAGUUGC